AUGGACACAUACAUUUAUUCAAUUGCACAUAAAUUAUAUGAAAUGUAUCUUCAAGACGAAGAGGCUUUCCAUAGUAAACGAGACUAUCCUCAUAAAGAGGUCUUUGCUGAACUACAGAGAUUAAGGAAAAUUUUCUUCCCCGAUUUCUUUAUGAAGCACCAAAACAUAUCAGAAUCUCAUCUUGCUUGUGAAUUAACAAAAUUAGUUGAUCACAUUAAAAAUUCAGUGGCUGCUUAUAAUGAUGAAUUAUUUGCACACCAAUGCAUUAUGGCAAUGUUAGAAAAACUUCCAUCAAUCAAAAAAACAUUAAAAACAGAUCUUAUUGCUGCAUAUGCUGGAGAUCCAGCUGCACCAGGUCUUUCAUUGAUAAUAAGAUGUUAUCCUGGAUUUCAAGCAGUGGUUGUUUAUAGAAUAGCUCAUAUAUUAUAUGAAUGUGGAGAAAGAUAUUAUUGUAGAGAAUUGAUGGAAAAUGUUCAUUCAUACACAUCAAUUGAUAUUCAUCCAGGAGCAAGUAUCAAAGGACAUUUCUUUAUAGACCAUGGAGUUGGAGUUGUAAUUGGAGAAACUGCCAUUCUUGGAGAGUGGUGUAGAAUUUAUCAAUCAGUUACUUUAGGAGCAAUGCAUUUCCAAGAAGAAGGUGGAGUGAUUAACCGAGGAACAAAACGACAUCCAACAGUUGGAGAUUAUGUGACUAUAGGAACAGGAGCAAAGGUAUUAGGAAAUAUUAUUGUUGGAAGUCAUGUUCGUAUUGGGGCUAAUUGUUGGAUUGAUAGAAAUAUUGAUAGUAAUCAAACUGUAUAUAUUUCAGAACACCCAACUCAUUUUGUAAAGCCAUGUGCAAAUAAAGGGGUGAAGAUAUCUUGUAGUGCAGAUAGAAAUAUAAAAGGUAAAAUCACUAAGGAUGGAAUUUUUGUUGAAGAAUUAGAACACAAUCCUGAACAAUACUUAUGUGGACUUACUCGUGACAUUUCUAAAGAACCUACAAGAAUCAAUUUAGAUGUUCCUAUGCCAGAAAUAUUGAAACAACUAACUGUUCUUCCUGUAGAAUCCCCUGUAUUAUUAAGUGGUACUAUUAUCGUUGCAAGAGAUAUUGCCCAUGCUAGAAUCAACGAUAUUUUAAAAGAAACAGGUGAUGUCCCACAAUAUAUUAAAGAUCAUCCUAUCUAUUAUGCAGGACCUGCUAAACAACCAAAAGGUUAUCCAAGUGGAUCAUUUGGUCCUACUACUUCUGCUCGUAUGGAUCCUUAUGUUGAUGACUUCCAAGCACAUGGUGGAAGUCUUGUAAUGAUAGCCAAAGGUAAUAGAAGUGAAAUGUUAACUAAUGCUUGCAAGAAACAUGGCGGUUUUUACCUUGGAGCAAUUGGAGGUGCUGCUGCUUUAUUAGCUGAAAAGAAUAUUAAAAGUGUUGAGUGCAUUGCCUUUGAAGAUCUUGGAAUGGAAGCUGUGUGGAAAAUUAAAGUUGAAGACUUAUUGGCUUUUGUUUUAGUUGAUGAUAAAGGUAAUGACUUCUUUAAACAAAUUAAGCCAUUCUGUUCCUCUUGUUCUAAGAAAUGUUGUUGUGAGACAAAAUAA